AUGUUCCCCACUUCUCAUGACGCUAUGGAUGCUCUUGAGAUUCCGAAUGAAGGUGAGGAUGGUGGUGUUGUGUGGAUUAGCAGCAACAGCAACAGCGACAGUGAUGACAAUGAUGGUGACAAUGACCCGCUUCUCGAGCCGUUUGUAGAAUCUCUCCAGGCCUUGAUGGAGUAUGGACCUGAAGACGUGGAUGAUGCUAAAGGGGAGCUUAUGAUGCUGAAGGGGAGCUUCCUUGAAGAGUUGUUCGUAUUUUGUGUGCUUUAG